AUGAAAAAAAUUUUAUUAUUAAUCGAUGAUGAAGAAUUUCGUAGUCGUAAAUUUCUUAAUCCAACAUCAUAUUCAAAAGUUUAUAAUGAAUGUCUUCAACGGCUUGUUUGUGAUCAUUUUGAUACACUUAAAAGUGAAUGUAAUGAACUUAUUGUUAAAGAAGAUUUAGAUGGUAAUAAAAUGAAUAUUUUUUUUUUAACCCUUUGAGGCCCCGUGGGAUAUAUAUUUCCCACCUUGCG